GGAGCCGCUCGUGUCUCGCGUAUCGGCGCAGCACGUGUUGAUUCUGUCCAGACUUCUUGUGCUUGUGGGAAACGUUCCGAAGAUGAGAACGGCGGAAACUGGUGGUGACUCUCCUUUCUCUGUCUGCGGAAGAUAAGUUCGAGUCUCAAGGUAACGUGUCUGUGCGUCGUUCACCACCGACAGAGCAAAACGCACACGAUCGAAUUCAGAGGAAAUUGGACGACACUACGUCGAGAAUGUCGUCAGAAGAACUCCGCUUCGCUCAACAUCUCGCCUCAAAUGAUCGCAAAACGCGCGACAAGACUCUCGUGAGACUUCGAAAAUGGAUCCAUCUGCGAUCACAGAAGGAAACUGACGAAUUCAACAAGGACGGGAUGAUAAAGCUGUGGAAGGGCUUAUUCUAUUCGAUGUGGAUGGCCGACAAACCUCUGAUACAGGAGGAACUCGCGGACAGCAUUUCCAGUUUGAUCCAUGCAUUCUCCAAACCAUCACAGAUCUACGUUUUUGUGGGAUGCUUCUUCAAGAUCAUGGGGGAGAAACACGAUCACAUCGACAAGUUCCGCAUAGACAAGUUCUUGAUGCUGACCCGGAGAUUCUUCAGAGAAUCGUUGAAGUAUUUGAAAAACCGUGACUGGCAACACAAACACGUGCAGAAAUACCUCGAGACUCUGCGGGAGAGCGUGCUCGCCCGGAGACAUGAUGCUUCCCAGGUCGCCUUGGGUUUCAAACUCCAUUUCUUCGACAUAUUCCUCGAAGAAAUGGCACGGAUCGGUGAGGGAGAACUGCCGCGUAAACGUGCCCACAACUUCUUGGAACCUUUCUACGAGAUCUUGGCGUACUGCAAUAGUCCGAUGGUGGUGGAGGGUGUUCGGGACAAAAUCUUCCAUGAGCUCAUAAAGCUGAGCUUCGGCGCACGCACAGAAGGAGACUCGGAGGGCGAGGAUGCCGAAGGUUUCUUUGAUGACGAGCCCGAAGUUGACGACGAAGCUUUGGACUCGGACACCGGUGAGGUAGCCGGACCAGUCAGCGAGGAUGAAGAUGAAGACAAGUUGGCGAAGCGUAGGAGAUCAGAUGAGGGUUUCAUCGCGGACGAACCCGUCGCGGGCGACGCCGAUGGAGCGAGCGAGGACGAUGGGGAUCUAGAGGAACAAUUGAUACGUGAGCGGGAAGACGCCGCCGAAGUCAUCCUCCUCCCCAUUGAUUUCGACCUCUCUGCCAUAAAAGAGUCGCUGAUGGAGUUCCUGAAAGUUCCUUCGCUCAAAGGACUCAAUAAGCGAACGCUCCACAACAUUGUCAAGAAGAUUAUCGACCUUGAGAACGGCGUGAAUCCGUUCGCCGCACCCGAGGAAGAUAGCGGCUCUGAUCUCGAACUGGACGAGAAUGAACUCAGACUGGCGGCUAAAAGAUUGAAGCUUCUGGAGAAGAAGUACGCGGACGAGGCCGAGAAUUUCCUCCUGCCCGAUAAAGAGGAGCAAGAGGAGGACGACGUCGACGAUUUUGAGAUCGAUGGUGGAGAAGACGAUCUCGAAGAGCUCGAGAAACCAAUUGUGGGGAAGAAGAGAAAGAGUCGGAAAUAAAUCCGCUAAGUGAGAAGAAU